GUGACAACGGUCAAUAAUGAAGGUGGCUGCGGCGCGGCAGCGGACUCAGCUGCGCCGGGCGGGGGCGGCGCCGGGACCGCGCCUGUAGGACCUCGGGGCCGGCGCGGCGAGAUGGGGCCCCGGCGCGGGGAGUGAGGCGAGCGCGACGGCGAGCGGAACUUCAGCCGGAGGGGCUCUCCUGCUUCCCCCUCUGGCUCUUCGGCCUCCACCUGCAGCCCCUCGGCCGCCGCGUCCCGCGGGACCGGGACGGCAACGGCGGGGGCAUGUGGCGCUGGGUCCGGCAGCAGCUGGGUUUUGACCCACCACAUCAAAGUGACACAAGAACUAUUUACAUAGCCAACAGGUUUCCUCAGUAUGGCCUUUACACACCUCAGAAAUUUAUAGAUAACCGAAUCAUUUCAUCUAAGUAUACUGUGUGGAAUUUUGUUCCAAAAAAUUUAUUUGAACAAUUCAGAAGAGUGGCAAACUUUUAUUUUCUUAUUAUAUUUUUGGUUCAGCUUAUGAUUGAUACACCUACCAGUCCAAUUACCAGUGGACUCCCAUUAUUCUUUGUGAUAACAGUAACAGCCAUAAAGCAGGGAUAUGAAGAUUGGUUAAGACAUAACUCAGAUAAUGAAGUAAAUGGAGCUCCUGUUUAUGUUGUUCGAAGUGGUGGCCUUGUAAAAACUAGAUCAAAAAACAUUCGGGUGGGUGAUAUUGUUCGAGUAGCCAAAGAUGAAAUUUUCCCUGCAGAUUUGGUGCUUCUGUCCUCAGAUCGACUUGAUGGUUCUUGUCACGUUACAACUGCUAGCUUGGAUGGAGAAACUAACCUGAAGACCCAUGUGGCAGUUCCAGAAACAGCAGUAUUACAGACAGUUGCCAAUUUGGACACUCUUAUAGCUGUGAUAGAAUGUCAGCAACCAGAAGCAGACUUGUACAGAUUCAUGGGACGAAUGAUAAUAACUCAACAAAUGGAAGAAAUUGUAAGACCUCUGGGGCCAGAGAGUCUCUUGCUUCGUGGAGCCAGAUUAAAAAACACAAAAGAAAUUUUUGGUGUUGCUGUGUAUACUGGAAUGGAAACUAAGAUGGCAUUAAAUUACAAGAGCAAAUCACAGAAACGAUCUGCAGUAGAAAAGUCAAUGAAUACAUUUUUGAUAAUUUAUCUAAUAAUUCUUAUUUCUGAAGCCAUCAUCAGUACUAUCUUGAAAUAUACAUGGCAAGCUGAAGAAAAAUGGGAUGAACCUUGGUAUAACCAAAAAACAGAACAUCAAAGAAAUAGUAGUAAGAUUCUGAAAUUUAUUUCAGACUUCCUUGCUUUUUUGGUACUCUACAAUUUCAUCAUUCCAAUUUCAUUAUAUGUGACAGUUGAAAUGCAGAAAUUUCUUGGAUCAUUUUUUAUUGGCUGGGAUCUUGAUCUCUAUCAUGAAGAAUCAGAUCAGAAAGCUCAAGUCAAUACUUCUGAUCUGAAUGAAGAACUUGGACAGGUCGAGUAUGUGUUUACAGACAAAACUGGUACACUGACCGAAAACGAGAUGCAGUUUCGGGAAUGUUCAAUUAAUGGUAUAAAAUACCAAGAAAUCAAUGGUAGACUUGUAUCUGAAGGACCAACACCAGACUCUUCAGAUGGAAACUUAUCUUAUCUUAGUAGUUUAUCCCAUCUUAACAACUUAUCCCAUCUUGCAACCAGUUCCUCUUUCAGAACCAGUCCUGAAAAUGAAACUGAACUAAUUAAAGAACAUGAUCUCUUCUUUAAAGCAGUCAGUCUCUGUCACACUGUGCAGAUUAGCAGUGUUCAGACUGAUGGAAUUGGUGAUGGUCCCUGGCAAACCAACCUUGCACCCUCCCAGUUGGAGUACUAUGCAUCUUCACCAGAUGAAAAGGCUCUCGUGGAAGCUGCUGCAAGAUUUGGCAUUGUAUUUAUUGGCAAUUCUGGAGAAACUAUGGAAGUUAAAACACUUGGAAAACUGGAACGGUACAAACUGCUUCAUAUUCUGGAAUUUAAUUCAGAUCGUAGAAGAAUGAGUGUAAUUGUUCAGGCACCUUCAGGUGAGAAACUUUUAUUUGUUAAAGGAGCCGAAUCAUCAGUUCUCCCGGAAUGUGUAGGUGGAGAAAUAGAAAAAACAAGAAUUCAUGUAGAUGAAUUUGCUUUGAAAGGGCUAAGAACUCUGUGUAUGGCCUAUAGAGAGUUUACACCUAAGGAGUAUGAGGAAAUAGAUAGACAUUUAUUUGAAGCCAGGACUGCCUUGCAGCAACGGGAAGAGAAAUUGGCAGAUGUCUUCCAUUUCAUAGAGAAAGACCUGAUAUUACUGGGAGCUACAGCAGUAGAAGACAAACUACAAGAUAAAGUUCGAGAAACUAUUGAAGCAUUGAGAAUGGCUGGUAUCAAAGUAUGGGUACUUACUGGAGAUAAACAUGAAACAGCUGUUAGUGUGAGUUUGUCAUGUGGACAUUUUCACAGAACCAUGAACAUCCUUGAACUUAUAAACCAGACGUCAGACAGUGAAUGUGCUGAAAAGUUGAGGCAGCUUGCCAGAAGAAUUACAGAGGACCAUGUGAUUCAGCAUGGUCUGGUGGUGGAUGGGACCAGUCUGUCUCUUGCACUCAGGGAACAUGAAAAACUAUUUAUGGAAGUUUGUAAAAAUUGUUCAGCUGUAAUGUGCUGUCGUAUGGCACCACUGCAGAAAGCAAAGGUAAUAAGACUGAUAAAAAUCUCACCUGAGAAGCCUAUAACAUUGGCUGUUGGCGAUGGUGCUAAUGAUGUAAGCAUGAUACAAGAAGCACAUGUUGGCAUAGGAAUCAUGGGUAAAGAAGGAAGACAAGCUGCAAGGAACAGUGACUAUGCAAUAGCUAGAUUUAAAUUUCUCUCCAAAUUGCUUUUUGUUCAUGGUCAUUUUUAUUAUAUUAGGAUAGCUACCCUUGUACAGUAUUUUUUUUAUAAGAAUGUGUGCUUUAUCACACCCCAGUUUUUAUAUCAGUUCUACUGUUUGUUUUCUCAACAGACAUUGUAUGACAGCGUGUACCUGACUUUAUACAAUAUUUGUUUUACAUCCCUGCCUAUUCUGAUAUAUAGUCUGUUGGAACAGCAUAUAGACCCUCAUGUGUUACAGAACAAGCCCGCUCUCUAUCGAGACAUUAGUAAAAACCGUCAACUAAGCAUGAAAACAUUUCUUUAUUGGACCAUCUUGGGUUUCAGUCAUGCCUUUAUUUUCUUUUUUGGAUCCUAUUUUCUGAUAGGGAAAGAUACAUCUCUGCUUGGAAAUGGCCAGAUGUUUGGAAAUUGGACAUUUGGUACCUUGGUCUUCACAGUCAUGGUUAUUACAGUCACAGCAAAGAUGGCUUUGGAAACUCAUUUUUGGACCUGGAUCAAUCAUCUUGUUACCUGGGGAUCUAUUUUAUUCUAUUUUGUAUUUUCUUUGUUUUAUGGAGGGAUUCUCUGGCCAUUUUUGAGCUACCAGAAUAUGUACUUUGUAUUUAUUCAGCUCUUGUCAAGUGGUUCUGCUUGGUUUGCCAUAAUUCUCAUGGUUGUUACAUGCCUAUUUCUUGAUAUUGUGAAGAAAGUAUUUGACCGACAGUUUCAUCCUACAAAUAUUGAAAAGGCACAGAUGUACUCCAACACAGUCGCUUUCAGUGACGAGUUCAUCGCACUGCAGCCAUUGUCGAGGGCAAGGAAUCAGCUGAGCAAACUUAGCUUACUGAAACAAAUUCAAGUAUCAAGUGCUUGGACUCCAUGUGCUGUUUCUCAGAAGGAGAAACAGCGUGCGCAUCUGUUGGAAGAAUGCUGGAACGAGUAAUAGGAAGAUGUAGUCCGUCCCAUGUCAGCAGAUCAUGGAGUGCAUCGGAUCCUUUCUAUACCAACGACAGGAGCAUCUUGACUCUCUCCACAAUGGACUCGUCUACUUGUUAAAGGGGCAGUAGUACUUUGUGGGAGCCAUUUCAACUCCUUUCCUAAAAUUCAGUGUGAUCAUCCUGGUAAUGGCCACACUACCUCUGCGGAAUUACUUUCUGAAAUCUCUGGAGUAGUUCAUGCCCACUCAGAGUUAUAAUGGCAAACAAACAAAAAGCAUUACCAUGCACCCCUGUCAGCUGCCCUCUUAAUUUAAAUCUGAACAUGUUAAAAUUUAUGAAUAAAGAGACAUUUUUCAUCUCUUUAUCUGGGUUGUCCCCGUGUGCUUAUGGGACUCCCAAUGGCAUUUCAGCCUUUUGCUAAGGCCACUAAAUAUUUUAACAUCAAGGUAGAAAAGGGAGCUAAUUCCUAGUUAACUGUGUUUUUUAGUAUGGCUUGGUUAUUGAGUCUUCUGUUUAAAUCUGCCUCUAUAAAUUAUGCUGAAAAGUUUGCCUUGAAAACUCUAUUUUUUUAUUAGAGUUAUAUUUGAAACUUUUCAUGGGAAAAGUUAAUGUGAAUAGUAAGGAAUUUGGUCCCUCAGUGACCCAUGUUUGUUCAUUCAUUAGUGCUUUCUAAGUUCACAGAGCAAAUUAGGAGAAUGCAUUUCCAACCAUUAUUUGCUGCAGUAUGGGUAGUAAAUAUAUACCAGUACCAAAACUUCUCUAAAUGUACUGUAACACAACCAGUUAAGUUAACCAUAUACAUGCAAAGGGUAUAUCAUAUCUUACCUAUAAAUCAGGAAUCAAGUCCAUUCACCAAAUUUCAAAUUGAUGUUUACUAUUUUUGUGACAAUGUAAAGAACCUAUAGUGGGUAAAUUAGACACCAUUAGCAUAUUAUUAUUUAAUAUGUUUAUCAUUGGAUCUUUCGCAUGCUUUAAUCUGGUUAAUAUAUUUAAAUUUGCUUUUUUUGUCUAUCUGAAGGCUCUGUGUAUAGUAUUUUACGACACUGUUGUAAAUUCAACUAUAAUCAAUAAAAAAUCAGUUUGAAAACUAUUUAAAUAUUGCAAAUACUUUUAAUUAUACAAAUCAAAAUAUUAGGAUAAUUAAAUCAAUAAAAUGAGAAGAGCCUCUUUCUGUAACUAGCUCAGAAUUGCUCUUGCUUUUCAGUAAGCUAGCUUUUAGAAUAAAGAAUUUCAGAUGAGAAUCCUGUUAUUUUUAGGUUAGUAUACGUUAUCUAACUUAACAGCAGACUACUACAGUGAAGUGAAAUCUGCCCAGUGUCCCAUUAUAAGGUGUGGCUAUAGAAUGUAAAUGAAGCAAAGUCUAAAAUGCUAAAUUAUAUGGGGUAAUGGCUGCAGUAAAUUUAAAUGCUAAAAAUAAUUAAUCAGGUAUGUAUUACUGCUGUUAACUCACUGCAGUUCAGUACUUGAUUUUCAUCCUGAGUUUAUCAUGUAGAUCCAGUGUUGUCAUUUGUUUUGAUAAAAAGUAAUGUUUUAAAACUUGGAAAGGAUUAUUAAAGAACUGUUACUCAUCUCUAAGCAUAUUAUUGUGUACAUAUACAUUCAAAAUUGUAUGGAAAUGGUUAAGUAAGGUGUUGCCAAAAUUUUCCCUGGAGAAUAUGAUAAUGCCUUUCUGUGGGUUUAUUGCACAACCCUCCACCCCUUUCCCAUUUCAUGAAUAUAAGACUUCUGGAAUUGGGCUGGUAGGGGAAGAAUGGUAGAAUUAAGACUUUACCUUUGUUCACUGGUAAACUGUUUUCUUGCUAAUAUAACAUUUGUCUCUUUCAAUAAUGUAAGGAUAUUAGGUUAUGAAUUUCAGCCUAAAUAUUAAUUUUCAUAAAUAGCCCUUCUUUAACUUAGAUUGAGUUUAGGAAGAUACUGUUAUCCUGCAAAUACAGUAAAGGGAUAAUGUACAGUGUGUACCCUUACCAGCUCAUGUUCCAGAAGAGGAAAUAUUGCAGAAAAUAUUCAGUAGAGUAUUAGUGGAGAAUAAUACAGAAUUUGCUUUUUCUUAGACUGUCUUAUAAAAUGUUCAUAUAACAAAAUGACGUUCAGUAGCCCUGCAUUACAUCUACCUUACAGUGUUUAUUUGCCAUCAGUUUAACUGACUACUAACACUAGGGAAGGACUGCAAAGCCAUCAAGCAGUCUCUGACCAACUACAGCAAGGCAUGAGGUCAGCUAGCCUAUAUGGUGCUCAAGGUGUGAUUGAUGCAAUUUUCUGCGUUCAGUAUUUGAAGUUAUGUAGGAAUUUUAUAUCUGAAAAAAGUUAAUAGCAUCCGCUGACAUGCUUCUCCUAGUCUGUUGUUCAAAACCUACUCCAUUUAAAGGAAGAUUAGCUUGUAAGAAAGGGGUUUUCUUCUGUUUAUUUAAGAAAGCAACUCUUGUCUACAAACUUGCGGUAGUUUUCUAGUGCUAAAUAUUCAUAUUGUAAAACUAUUACUGCAUAAUCAGAAAUUUUCUCCCUUGCAUAUUUCUUUAAAAUUCUUUGGAAAGUAUGAUGUUGAUAAUUAACUUUUAUCUGCCAAAACCAGGGUACGAUGCUACAUGUGUUACUGCUAGUUAGUGGUCCCAAAUCUAUUUGCCUCACUUGCUUGCUUUUGCCUAGCCUGAAGCCUGUAGCCCUGAAGAUAGCAGCAAGCACCAAGUCAGUUUCCAAAAUUGCCUAUCAGCUGCUUUAGGUGACUCAGCACCCUGCCUUAGCUUUAGCAAGCAUUAGGCUCACCCCAGAAGGAGUAGAAUGUGGGCCAGGAGAACUAUAGCUACCCAGCCUUUCUGUGGGGUUGAGAAGAAAAAAGGGGAGAAUUUAGUUUGAAUUUCUCUUAACUAGCCUCCUCCUUGGGUCUUAAUCUCCCUGAGGUCCAAAGGCUUCCCAGACCUGAUCCAAACUCUGGCACUGUCCUGAGUAGGAGGUUAAA